GUCACUCUCUUUCUGCGUCGCUUCGCGGCCUACUUUUAAUUGGGUACGCUGAAAAAGAAUCAUUUUCAAGACUCUUUAUCGUAAUCUUACACCAAGGGAGCUUCCUUUUUAAAUUAAUUUUGGAGUAGAUUUCAUAUCCUUCCUUCAUUUUUCUCUUUAACUUCAAAGCUGCUCUGUUUCUUGUAGUGGGGUAUUUUGAUAGCAGUCAAAUUUUUAGUAGAUUUGUCGACUUAAUCUAGUAGGAGAGACAUGGCUGGUUGUGUAUCGGGUUUUGGAUUAGCACAUGCUGUGAAUGUCAGAAAUGAGGUCGUGUUGGGGAAGAUGUGGAAUCAAAGUUUGAUUUUUGAUGUUGGUAGAUUCAGAAAUUCAGUAAAAGAUGUGGCUUUUCCAAUAUUUCGUGGAAAGAACAGCAGCAGAAAUGUUUAUGUGAAGACAAAAAGGAGGUUUCUUGUCAUGAGCAAUAUGUCACAGUCAUCUGCUGAGCCACAGUCUGGUGUGGCAACAACUAUAGUGACAAAAGAGGGAGAUGAUGGUGGAAAAGGAAGAGAUGUUAAAGCUUUGGAGACAAACCAUGAAUCAAAAACUGAUAAUGGUGGUAAUGGGGGGGACAUGUCUGAUGGUAGUGGAGGAAAUGGGAAAUUUAACAAUGGUAGAGGUGGUGGCGGUGGCGGCGAUGACAAUGAAGAAAAUGAUCAAGAAGAAAAAGAGUUUGGACCAAUUAUGAAAUUUGAUGAGGUAAUGAAGGAGGUGGAGGCUCGAGGAGCUAGUCUUCCUUCAGAUAUGUUUGAGGCUGCUAAGAAUGUGGGGAUUCGCAAAAUGUUGCUACUUAGAUAUCUGGACUUGCAGAGUUCAAGCUGGCCUUUAGGAUUUUUGGUGAAGUCGUGGGCCAUGCUACGAAACCGAAUGUUGGCUGAUCCAUCUUUCCUCUUCAAGAUUGGAACCGAGAUUGUCAUUGAUUCUUGUUGUGCUACGUUCGCGGAAGUCCAAAAGAGGGGUAAAGACUUCUGGGCAGAAUUUGAGUUGUAUGUCGCAGAUCUUUUGGUGGGGGUGGUGGUUAAUGUUGCUUUGGUUGGUAUGUUGGCACCUUAUGUGCGUAUUGGGCAACCAUCUGUUUCCAAAGGGCUCCUUGGACGCUUGCAACAGGCAUAUGGAGCUCUUCCUAGCAGUGUAUUUGAAGCAGAAAGGCCAGGAUGUAGAUUUUCUAUAAAUCAAAGAAUUGGUACAUACUUUUUUAAGGGUGUCAUGUAUGGAACAGUUGGAUUUGCAUGUGGUAUUAUAGGCCAAGGGAUUGCAAAUUUAAUAAUGAAUGCUAAGAGGAGCUUCAAUAAAUCAGAAGAUGAUAUACCUGUUCCACCUCUAUUGAAGAGUGCAGCUCUCUGGGGUGUUUUUCUUGGAGUUUCAUCUAAUACCCGCUAUCAGAUCAUCAAUGGACUAGAGCGCUUGGUUGAAGCAUCACCCAUGGCAAAGCAGAUUCCAGCAGUUGCAAUGGCUUUUACUGUCGGUGUGAGACUUGCCAACAAUGUCUACGGAGGCAUGGAGUUUGUUGACUGGGCUAGAUGGAGCGGUGUGCAGUGACUAUGCAAUGCAGUCAUGUUCUCUCUUAUCCGUUCAAAUUUGACAAUUAGGGUAGACUUGUGUGUUUCACUGAAAUAAGUCUGAAUUCUUGAAAUCAAAUUGAUGUUUAGAAUCUUUGAAAUCCAUGCACCAUUUACAUCCCAGGCAGAGGGGGCUGUUGUCACCGUUGUA